GUCUCCGUCACAUCUCCUCUGUGCAAUUCUAUCCUCUUCGAUUUUGUAGGUUUCAAAGAGGAAGAAGAAAGCCUUGACUUUUUCGCCGGAGAAUGUCGGGAAAGGGUGCAAAAGGCUUGAUCACGGCAGGCAAAUCCAUAAAAGACAAGGACAAGAAGAAACCCAUAUCUCGCUCUUCCCGUGCCGGUCUUCAGUUCCCAGUGGGUAGGGUCCAUCGCCUUCUAAAAACUAGGGUUAGUGCAAAUGGAAGAGUUGGUGCAACUGCUGCUGUCUACACGGCAGCAAUACUGGAGUAUCUGACUGCAGAAGUGCUUGAACUGGCAGGAAACGCAAGCAAGGAUCUUAAGGUUAAACGUAUCACACCGAGGCAUUUGCAGUUGGCUAUCCGAGGAGAUGAAGAACUUGACACUCUUAUCAAGGGAACCAUUGCUGGUGGAGGUGUUAUUCCUCACAUUCACAAAUCACUCAUCAACAAAUCCUCCAAGGAGUAGUAGUUUAUGUAUUAGGUCACCAUUCGUUUGUCUGUACUUCCAAACCUCAGAAAAAUGCACAUGCAUGAGCUGUUACUGUUAUUUUCUGUCUAUGCCUCAACAACACUACCAGCAAGCUUUGGAAAUUCAGAAAUGUUGAUUUAAUAGUUGCUUCGAGUUUAAAUUCUUGCUCAA